AGUCUGAUGGAGUGCUUCUUCUCCUUCGUGUCAACAUAUGAGCAGCAACAACCAUCAGCACCUGCACAGUCAGCCAACAGCAACAACAACAACAACAACAACAACAACAACAACAACAACAACAACAACAACAACAACAACAACAACAACAACAACAACAACAACAACAACAACAACAACAACAACAACAACAACAACAACAACAACAACAACAACAACAACAACAACAACAACAACAACAACAACAACAACAACAACAAGGCCACCGGGCUAUGUGGAUCCAGCUUACUUCAAGUCUAACAAGGCCACCCCCAUGGCUGAUGUAUACAGCUUUGGCAUUGUGAUGCUGACGGUGCUGACAGCACGCCAGUCAGUCAUUCCACAAGGCAAUGACAGCCAGCUGAACAUCCGGAAAUGGGCGGAAGACCUUCUCAAGGCAGGCAAGGCGUCCGAACUCAAGGAUCCCCGAUUGGACGCUCCGGCAGAUUUGAUUCUGCGGAUGGCGCAGCUGGCGCUGCGCUGCACUGCCAUGCCGACCGUGUCUCGUCCCGACAUGGUGCAGGUUGUAUCUGAGCUCUCAGCGCUCAGGAAGGAAUACCUGGGGGAGGCGCCACCCAGGAUGGCGGCUAGGAUAGACGAGGAGGUGGAGGAGCUUAGGGUUGGGGAUUUUAGUGCGGAAAUAAGGAUGGCUGAAAGGAUGGCGUUUCAGAAUAGCACCAGCGCAUUGAGUAUUCGAUAAAGGAGUUGGAAGUCAGGCAGUAGCAAAGAAAUACGCAUAGAAUGAAAGGAUGGAGUUUCAGAAUAGCACCCGGCGCAAUGAGCAUCCGGUAGAAAAAGGAGUUGCCUUAAGGCGGUAGGCAGCAGCACUCAGGAACGAAUACCUGGGGGAGGCGCUGCUGGUGAUGGGCAGGAAUAUCAGCUCCUAUGGUGUGGGCAGCUAUGUUGUGAAGUGAGCGGAAGAUGCAAGGAGGGGGAACUUUGCGAGAUAAAUUUGCUACUGUAGAGCACAUGGUGUUGACAGGGAGUGCUUGAAGCAUGUGAGAAUUGAUGAGGAGAUGGCUGCUGUGGAGUGGAUGGCGAUGGGUGGGAGUACCAGCAGAUACGAUGUCAAGCGAGUAGAGUAGCAGAAGACGGGGGGGUGUCUACUGCUACGGUGCCCCACGAU